AUGGAGACCACGCAGCGCAACUUGGCUUCAGCAUCGUCGUUCGCCCAGUGUGGGGUGCGACUCAACACAGGCGCGUGGAUGCCCGCCCCGGCCUAUGGCACUUGGAACGUGAGGGGCAGCGCAGGCCGCGUAGCGCUCAAUGAGGCCCUCGCGGCGGGCUACCGCCACCUCGACACCGCCAACAUGUACAGCAACGAGCGCGACGUUGGCGCCGUCCUGCGAAGCCACCCAGACCUCCACCCUGACGCUGCAGUUCCUUCAUCAUCUUCCUCCUCCAUCUUUGUCACCACCAAGUUCACCGGCCACGGCUACGCGCACGCCAAGGCGGCCUGCGAGCUGGCGCUCAAGGAGCUGGGAGUGGCGAGCAUCGAUCUGUUCCUCAUCCACUGGCCGGGCCAGGGCGACGAGGCCGCGCGGCGCGAGUCGUGGCGUGCACUUGAGGAGCUCUACGCUGCGGGCAAGUGCCGCGCCAUCGGCGUGAGCAACUACACCGAGCACCACCUCCGCCAGCUGCUGGCCCACGCCAAAGUCGUACCCGCCGUCAACGAGUUCGAGUUCCAUCCGCAUCUGGUGCAGACGGAGCUGGUGAAGUUCUGCCACGCGCACGGGAUCGAGGUGAUGUCCUACAUGCCGCUCGGCGCCGGCAACCUCAUCGACCACCCGGACCUCGACCCCAUCGCCCGGCGCCACGGCAAAACCAUUCCGCAAGUCAUCCUCCGGUGGCACCUGCAGCACGGCGUGGUGCCGAUCCCCAAGUCCGCGAACAAGAAGCGCAUGGCCGAGAACAGCCAGCUCUUCGACUUCCGCCUCACCGACGACGAGAUGGCCGCCAUUGACGACCUCCACUGCGACGAACGCUACGACUGGGACCCCACCAACGUCGCCUGA